AUUCGACGAGGGAGAAGGGAGGGCCGUAAGGCCGAUUCUACGAAUUUGGGGUCCAGUUAAACGGGGGCCGACUAUAAAAUAGCUAACCGGCGCCGUCGCCGGCAUCAGUAGUAUAACUCUGCUCGAACAUGAAGGUUCUGGCGUUAUUUCUUCUCGUGGUAGCGAUAGCUUUGGCGGAGGAGAAGUAUUCAACAAAGUAUGACAAUAUCGACUUGGACACAAUUUUGAAAAGCGACCGUUUGCUCAAAAACUAUGUAAAUUGCCUGCUGGACAAGGGAAAUUGCACGCCCGAUGGCAAAGAACUAAGAGAGACUCUUCCGGACGCACUGAUGACCGAGUGUAAAAAAUGUAGCGAGAAGCAAAAGGAGGGCACCGAGAAGGUCAUCCGGUAUCUAGUCAACAAGAAACCGGAAACUUGGGAGCAACUUAAGAAGAAGUAUGAUCCCAAUGGCCAAUACACUGCCAAGUAUUUAGACGAAGCGCACAAGCAGGGAAUAAAUGUGUGAAUAAUUUAGAUUCUCAUCUCGCCGAGUAGAGAACGCCGAGAAAUCUGUCCUCUCUUCUUCCCGCACAACAGGCCCGAAUUAAAUAAAUCCGUUAGUUCGAUGUCACGUAUAAUUCUUUCUCAACAAAAAUUCAGGAGAGAACCGUUACAAGGAAACGCACGUUACCAGAUGUUACUGUGAAUAAUAAAAGAUAAUAAAUAAUAAAGAUAAGUAUAAAAGGA